GUUUGAGAACUUCAGUAUCUUCAUUGGUCCGUUCCUCCCCCCCAUCAAAGCCCACCUAAGGCCUCCUUUACGUGUUGCCAGGGAGAGAACACACACACGCACACACACAUAUUUGCAUCAGUGUCAGUGGGGGGCGCAAGAAUGUCGUUCGGGCAAGAGGGGUUGGCUUCUUGAACACGUCAAAAGUUGUUUGGGCCAAUGAGAAGUGUUUAGGGGAGGAGGACAGGAAGCGUCGAGAUGACACUGGACCCACAAAGAAAGAUCUAGACACUCGGGAAGGACCAGCACCCCAUCUGCCGGACCUACCAGGGGAACCCACAACAACCCCGCUGGCAGGAUCGAAGCGGCAGGAAGUCAAGGUUGGGUCGCAUGCUGGACCCUCGCCGGGGCUACGACCGCGAGUGGCAGCGGCGGGUCGGUCCCCGCCCCCUCGGCCGGGCCAUGCUGCUGGGAACCGCCGAGCUGCUGGACGACACCGGACAACCGCCGGUGCCUUCCGGGGAACCUUUACGUCUGUCCGUCGUGGCGCAGGCUGAGAGUGAAGACUUGCAGGAGUUCAGCCCGACGCACGUCCACCGUUGCGACUCGCGCCUUGGCCUCGUCCACGCAUCCAGGAAAGAAGCCUGGCAAGCGAAUUCCAAGUCAGAACAACAAGAAGGAGUCGACGUCACAAGUUUUCCAGCCCGAGGCAUCUGCUGGUCCCGUUCGGCAAACCAAGUGACGAUGUCGCCCUGUGAUGUCAUCACUCCCCCUCCUCAGUUUAAGGACUGGCAGCACGACGGCGAUGGCGGCUCACCGCAAAGCACGCAUCGACUGACCAGCAGCUGCCAGCCUCACACAAGUAGGAAUGAAAAUGAUUGGUCGCCCCAGCGAGUGUCCGGCGCUUUUAGCUCCCUGUUGGCUCGGAGAGAAUGUGGCUCCGCCUCCUCGCCAGCGGCCGAAGUCGUGUCGCUUUGCCCUUCCUUCACAUACGGCAGCACGCGCCACCUGCUGGACUGGAGUACGAGUGCGCACGGCAACCAGGGCUUCCUCUUGCAUCGGAAGCUGCGACCCAUCGCGGGUCGUUAUCGAGAGGGUCGCGAGUACGACGUCUUGCGUCACAUCCACAGCGGCGCCUACGGAGACGUUGUGUGUGUACGCGACUACGCAACACGCUUCACGUGCGCCGCAAAGAAGGUUCCUGUGAGUCACUUCCGCGAAGAGGAAGUGAGGUCAUGGAGCCUGGCGACGUCCUCGCGGGUGGUGCGCCUGUUUGGCGCAGUGAGGGAGGGUCCCAACAUGAUCCUCUUCAUGGAUUUGAAGCCAGCCGGACUGGCUCAGCUGCUGGGGGCGAACGGCGGCGGCGACGGCCUGCCCCGAGACCUGUCCCUGCACUACCUGCACCAAACUCUGGGGGCACUGCAGCACCUCCACAGCAGGAACGUGCUGCAUCUGGAUGUCAAAGUGGACAACGUGCUGCUGUCAGCUGACCUCACCAAGUGCUUCCUGUGUGAUUUCGGACUUUCUCGUGUGCUGGACGAGAACGGUCGCACCACCAAAGACAUGGGAGCAUCCUUCCCGGGCACGGAAAGCCACAUGUCGCCCGAGGUGGCACGUGGCGAGUGUCCGAGCGGCAAGGCGGACGUUUGGAGUAGCUGCUGCAUGCUGCUCCACAUGCUCAACGGACGACACCCGUGGAUACGACGUUACGCGCAGCCGCUCUGUCUGCACAUCGUCACGCAGCCGCCGCCGCUGUGGGAGGUGCCGUCCGGCUGCGACCGCUCCACACUCAAAGUCUUCCGUGCCGGACUGCGCAAGGAUCCCGAUAGACGGGCCACGGCUGCGCAGCUUCGGGGGAAUACCGCAGUCGCCCUCGCAGUGGUCGGAGGCGUGAGCGCCGCCUCGCUGGAAAUGGCCCGUGACAAACUCAAGACGUCCCAAACCGCGCCCGGCUCCCUUUCUCCCGCCAUGCGCUGGGUGAGCCCCUGGCGGACGGCAGCGGCCCUCGAGGAUAAUUCGGAGGACGACGAUUCGCUCGCUCUGGAUCGGGAAGGCCAGCCCGCGUCUCUGCGGGAUGAGACCGCCUGGGACUCGGACUCGGGAUCGGGGUCCGAUUCCGAUUCGGAUUUGGACAUUUACGUGGGGGAAGAGGACGGUGACUACGAGGGGGACUGUGAGGAUGAGGAUGACGAGGGGGAGGAUGAAGCAUCGACACAAUACCUCCGAGCCCUGAUGGACGUUUUCCCGGUUUUGCGGAGGGGCCAGGUGGCAGGGGACUCGGACGGCGAGGUGCAACAGCCCCCAGGCAUGCUGACACCGUCCCCUGAGCCGCGAGACGACCCCCCCUCCUGCUUCAGCAGCUCGUCACAAGUCUCACAAAAGGACUCUGAGUGCUCGUCGGACGACCUGAGCUCCGGGAUCUUCUCCUCCAGCGGGGGUCACGCGGAGAGUUCGGCCUGGGCGCGGGGGCCCCCCCUCCGCCGCUUUGAAGGCGUGGACAUUUGGAUUGAGGACGCUCGGGGUCGGCGCGUGAGAAUUCGGGAACGGCGACAGGUCCGAGUGGGACACGUGGCCAUCGGAAUCAGCGAGCAGAUGUCAACAAGUCCCUUUACCUUGGAGACGCUGGACAGGAAGUCGGUCUGCUUCAGGCAGGAGAUCUGCGAGUCUUGUCUGUGGCUUCGCUGCGUGGAAGCGCCCGACUCAUGCCCACGAUGGAUGUGGCGAGUUCGAGAUGGCAAACUGGAAGUCCGCCAAUGACCCGGACUUGUCGGAAGGAGCCCGAUGUUUCACUCCGGACCGACAGAGGGCGGCGUCUCGUUGGGCUGCCUGCCGCUACGGCAGGAACGGAGCAAAUGCUAACUUCCUUAGCU